AUGGCCGGUUCGACGCGGGGUGCACCGCAACUUUUGUUAGAGGAGUUCUACAAAAGUGUGCACGCGGAAGGAGCGAUUUUGCGCGUGGCAAAGCUUUCCGAAAUUAUUUCAAGGAAAUUUCAAAUGUUUUUUUUUGUUAUUUAUAACUUUGUAUGCUUAUUGAAAAACAACCUUAAAGGUCGGAUCAUCGAUAAAAAACGUGAAAGUUGGUGAGCGAGUCUGGUACGGGUUCAGUUCGGGAAGCAGCGCCGAAUUCUCAAUAGUCCAGCAUGCUUUCCCUCUUCCUGAUGGUAGUUUUGGCCUGUGGAAGCGUAAAUUUGAUUUUUUUUUUUAACAUCAGAAGUCUCAUUUACCGACGGUGCCACUCUCGGAGUUCCAUUUCUCACCGCCUAUCGAGCUCUUUUCGUUCGCGGCCGAGCUCAGGUUGAUAAAAAUGAUGAAAAUCAUUGAUUGAAAAAUCGAAAAAGCUCAAUUUGACCUGAAAAUCCAAUAAAAUUCAAAAAAAAUGGACCUCGAUGAAUUUUUUCGAUCUGAAGCACGAAUAGAUUUUGAAGCUUUGAAUUUUCAGCAGAUCAAACUCUGGAUGGAACCUGUUUUGAAUGAGCUAAAAAUCAACCAGAGACUUAUUGCUUGAGCGACUUAUUCAAAAGCUUCUAAACAAGAAAUGAAGUGAGAAAAGCGAAUGUGUCAAUUUAACGAGUCAAAAAGUUGGGUUUUAGAAAGGAGACUUGGUCUUGGUGCACGGCGCCUCUGGCGGGGUCGGGUCAGCUGCAGUGCAGCUGGCGGUCUCUCGAGGCCUCCAGGUGGUUGGCACUGCUGGAACGGACGACGGCCUCGAUUUCGUCCGCACCUUGGGAGCUUCCGACGUUUUCAACCAUCGGAAGGCCGGUUAUGUCGAGGAGAUCAAGAAGAAGUAUCCUCAAGGUGGAAGGAACCGAUUCCAAGGCAGUUCAAAUGCUACCAAUAAACAUCAGCUCGAUUGUUUCAGUUUUAGAAAAAAAAUCUCCUUUCAAAAAAAUAAUGUUUGAGUUAUUAGGAGAGAUCAGCAGAUUUCUCAAGAAAGUCCAGACAACGAGAAGGCCCUUACUUGUCUGGCGUCUAUUCGAGUCGCCAUUGAUCUUUGUCUUUCUCAUUUGAUUUCCCAAUUGUUCACUUUUUUCUUCUCGUUUAAUCUCAAUUAAAUAUUUAUCUUAAUGCGAAUAGUCCGAAAUCUUUUUUCGGAGCAAAAAAUGUUUCUCCUCGCACGAGCAGAAAACGAGGAAGAAAAAAAAAACUUGAAUAUUGCAGGCUUCAACAUGAUUCUUGAAAUGGCGGCUCACGUGAAUCUAAACGUUGACCUCGGACUUUUGGCUCCAAAUGGCGAAGUUGCCGUAAUUGGCAACCGGGGAGACGUCAAUGUCAAUGCGAGACAACUUAUGGCUGUUGAGGGACAAAUUUUUGGUAAGUCAAGAUUCUAGGGAACGUCAGAAUGAUGCCUAUAGGGGUUAGGGAAGAAAACAGUCCUAUAAUAGACAAAAAGUGCCUUUAGAAUUUUUGACUCCUGAGUCCCUGAAGCGGAAGUGGCCCCUUUAGGGAUCCCUAAAUGUUUAAUUCAGAUUUUAAAAUUGAAAAGAGAAACUUGAUCGAUUCAUCCUCUGUUGAUAUUAUUUAUUCAAGUAACACUGAUUUAUUGAGUUUUUUGCAAGAGAAUGCUUCUUCUCAUGAAGCUCAUAACAAUAAUCGACUAACACGUCCUCUACAGGGGUCACUUUUGCAAGCUUUAGUGGUCCCUGGAGGGGAGCCUUCUCUCAAGGACCUCUCUAGGGAUCAUUACUUUUCCAGAAUUUUUGAAACUAGAUUUAGAAUCAGCGUAAGAAACUACUUCUCCUGGUCAAAUUCAAUCAAAACUUUCAAUUCGAGUGGAGGCCGUUCCUUAGAAAGGGGAACAUUUUUUCAAUUUCAGGCGUCGCUUUGAACCGGACAACUCCGGAAGAAUUCGAAGAGAUGGGGGCUGGAAUCACGGAAUUUUUGAAGAAGUCGUCUUUUCGAUCAACUGUCCAGAAAGAGUACACGCUCGAGGAGAUCAGUCAAGCUCAUGUGGAUAUCAUGAAAAACGAUGGUUCCCUUGGAAAUCGUGUUGUCGCCAUUGAAUGAAUUGAAUAAAGUACCUUUGCAUCGAUUAGUCUAACAUUCGAUCCCAAGUGACCCGAGCAAAGAUCCGUCUCUCUUUCUCUGCGUCUCUCAAAGAUGCCGUCUCUCGUCCCUCGACACCUCUUGCUCCAUUCGUGGUCGUGUCCGAUGGAUCAGGCGGUCGAGGACGAUGUUGGGGUCUGUUUUAUCUCUCUUUACUGUUUUAUCAUUAUAGUUUGAAAAAAACAGUUUUUUUAAUCAACCGACGAUUUUCUUAAAUUUCUCGAAGAUUCCUUGGCCUAGACGUAGAGUUUCUGCCUCUUCCGUGCGGUUGAAGCUCGGUUAAAAACUGACUUUCUUUAAUUAUUGUUUAAAAAAAUAUUCUAAGAACUUCUGACUCUGGUCAAACUAAACUUUUGAAUUUAGUUUUUUUGUUCCCAAAUGAAGAUUUAGUUCAAAAAAAUCUUCCAAAGUAAUUUUUUUCUAUGCAAAUUGUGUAGCAGAAUUCAUACAAAAAAACUCAAACAACUUCUCAAAAAAAUUCUCAAAUUUUUUUAGGCUCUUUUUUAUAUUUUUUGUUAACCGGAGUAUUAUUUUAGCUACGACAGAUAAGUUUUUCAAAAAAUUAAUUAAAAACCCCACGCAGAUCCAAUUAUCUAUGAGAUUUAAAGGUUCAUAAAAAAACUAGGUAAAAAAAUAAAAAAAUAUUAUUUUUUUCUUCAAGUUUGGAGCCAUUUUAUCAGAACAGAAGAGCAGAAUAUUAUUUCAAGCGAGUAAAAUCUUCAAAGAAAUCCGUUUCUCAGAAGACUUUCGUCAUGACUGCCGGCCGUGGAGAUCUGAAAAAGAUCAAGCAACUGUUGAAAAAAAGGCGUCGACGUCAACAUCGGAAUGGAAGGAGGUCUGACGGCUCUCCAUGCGGCGUCCUUAAGGAAUUAUGAAGAUCUGGUCCGGUUUUUGCUGAGAAAGGGAGCUCUGGUGAACUCCAAAGACUUGGUGAGUGAAAAAACGGAAAAUUAAGAUUGGGAAUUUAAAAAAAAAUUGAUCAGAACACUCCUUGAAGUACCAAAAAAGGACUUUGAAAGUCUGAACCUGCAAAACUAUUCAUUUUUCGGCAAAGGACACCUCAAAAUCCGUUAAAAUAGGCAUUCGAGCCUUUAAUUCUCAAAAAGUAAGAAGUUGUGCAGGUGAGCCUUCGAGGACAGUAUUUCGGUAUUUGAAAGGAUUUUCUGACUCAUUUCCAAGACAUUCUCAACCGAAAAGUGAAAUAACAUCCUCUGUCAAGAGUUCAGGAAAAUGAUCUUAAUAGUUCCGGAUUUUUUUGAACAGGAUAGUUUAAGCCGCCAAAAAAAGAGCAAACACGUAAACAAAAAAAUUGAAUAAAAAUUGAAUCCAGUUAAUUUGAAAAAUUUUGAAAAAAAUUCUUCAACUUCGUAGUAUUGGUUAGACUUUGACCAAAAAAGCGCUGCUAGCAAAUUUUACUCUAAUUGAUUACAUUUCUUCAGUCGGAACUUGAAAUUAUUCAAUUUCUCUGCGUCUCUCGCUUUUACAUCCUUUUUAGGGACCGCCAACGAUUUUCUAAAAUGAAAGCACAAAGAAAAAAAAAUGAAUGGAACAUAAAGAGUGAGGCAAGCAGAUUCAAUAAAAAAAACAAAAAUUUUGGAAAAUUCAAUCGAACAAUGUGAAAAGAAUUAAUAAAAAAAAGUGAGAAAUCUUUUCGGCUUGAAACCUGUUAUAGUCUGUUCAGUUUUUGAAUGUCAAGUAGAAUGACGUCAUUCGAAAGCGCUCUGUGGAUCGCGCUUUAAGGGGCGGAGCUUCAGCAACCACUUGACAUUCAAAAUCUGAACAGACUAUAGGACAGGUUGCAUGUGGCACGGCAUUCCUAAUGGGGGUGAGGGAAGGUGAGCGAGGCGUCAAAGUUCCUGAAUUUACAGAAAAAAUUUAGUGCGCGCUACGGAUAAAAUUACGUCACAAUUACACUGAAUAUUCAACGUUAAUAACUUGUUUGUUCGAUCGCCUUCGGCUGAAGUACUGUAGAUUUCAAAUUUCGCGCCAAAAUUUUUUUAACGUCUUGCCACCCCGUUUGGGAACGCCGUGUGUGGGUGGAACGAAUAAUGCAGCUCGCGCGCGCCUCCAACUCCCCUCAUUAUUUUUCAAGAUAAAUAAUUGUAUUCUAAUUUACUUUCUACAUUUCGAUCAUAAAAGUAAAACUGAUUAAAACGAAUGGAAACAGUUUCAACGUGUAUAAAUAACAAAAAAACAUUAAUGCCGUGUUCAAAGUGGUGGUAUGAAAAAAAUACCAGCGGAACUUUCCGACGGCCACCUUUCCGCCGAAUCCUUUUCCGACUUUUUUUCUCGAUAAAAUCUUCGUUUUAAAUCUUCCUAUAUAAAGUAGAUAAUUGGUUCAUGAUUAAAACACCAAUAAAUAGGAAAAAAAAAAUUAUAGAUGACUUAUAAACCGAAAAACAUAAGGGAAAAAAGUCGGAAAGGGAUCCGUCGGAAAGGUGGCCGUCGGAAAGUUCGCUGGCGAUACGAAAAAAUCGGAAAAGUCGCCGUUUUAAUUUUCGCUGGUCUUUUUUUCAUACCACCUUUAAAGUAAUUUCGGCGAUUUCAAAAUAGACGCGUUAUUCGCUUAAAAUGAUUUCGGGAAAUAGGCGGAAUUGGUAUUCUGGGAAGGUGAGUCCUACAACGAUAUAUCGUUGGAUACGCAUUUUUACGGUGAGUUUUACGCGCGAAUUUGAAAUUUCAGUAGAAAAUGCCCAAAUAACUCCAAAAUUUUGAGUUCCCGCGAAGAAAUUACGGUAAAAAUGCAUAUUUAACGUUAUAUCGUUGUAGGACUCAUUUUUUCUGCGCAUUCUCGGAAUAGCAGUUCUGCCUAUUUCCUGAAAUCAUUUUAAACGAAUAACGCGUCAAUUUUGAAAUCGCCGAAAUUACUUUGAACACGGCAUAAAGCAUUAAUUAACCUUGAAAUAAUUUUGAAAAUCGUUGCGACGCGCGAAAUUGUUCCUCCCGCAUGCAUCCCUCGUAGAACUGCAUACGCUUUUAAUUUUUUUUUAAAAUUUUUUUGAAUCUUUUCUAUUUUAUCCAAACGCAGCCAAGCUUCAUUUUCGAGUUUUGACUUCCAAAAGUUAGAGAAGUUAUAGCUGAUUCUUGAGCCAUCGAAAAAGGGUCCUGACACGAUAAUGCGUGAGACAGUGCCUGGCUCGUGGGGAGCGCAGACAGGCCACGCCCCCUUACCAUCCCAAGCUAGCCGUGAAUCAGCUAUACUCAUGCUCCUCUGACUGUUCCAGUGUUGGAAACGUUUGAAAAAAAAAAAAAUGAGAAAUGUCAAAAGAAGCUUUGAAUAUUAAUAAAAAUAAAACAAACUUUUUGUAUGUCAUUCGCCACGUUUUGAAAAAUUUUGUUUUCUUUACGCCCAUUUUUUUCUCUGAGUCUCCCGUCUUCUCAUGCUAUAACAUAGUUUCUCUGACCAUUCUGCUGAUGGAAUCGAGACGCAGAUGGGUCAGACUGUUCCAAUCGUGGCGAUUGGACUAUAUAAAAACUAUAUAAAAAUAAGACUAUAGAAAAUAGUUUUUUUUUUUCAUAUUCAAAUGUACUUUUUCAGAAAGGCUACUCACCAUUUUUGCUGGCUUGCGUCGGCGGGCAACUGGAAGUCGCCGAGAUUCUUCUGAAAAACGGCGCCGACAUCAACACCCAGAAUUCGGAUGGGAAUCGGCCGCUCAACACCAUCUGCAACCAUCAGAUCUACGAAAAAGUCUGGCCCUGGCUUCUGGAACGCGGCGCCCAGGUCAACUACACGAACAAGGUUGAUGAAAAGCUUAGUUGCUCUCAGAAGAAUAUUGGAAAAAUUGGACUUCUUAAGCUAAAUUAAACAAAACUGUCCGAAAAAAAGAUAAAAAUCAGAAAAAGUUCGGUUUAUUCCAUUUUGAAUAAAAGCAAAAACGUGCUUUCAAACUUUGAAAAUUUCAUAUGAUGAUGUGAUGUGUAAUUGGGAGAUUGCAAAGAUUAUUCAUUUCAAAUCAACAGUAAAAAUUUAAUAAAAAAACUUUAUGGACGAAAUUAGAAGAAUAAUCAAAAAUGUUCCCUAUGGCAAAAAAAGUUUGAAAGAGAAAAAAAUGAAAAUUUUUCGAAAAAAAUACCCGCUGGCGUAGUGAGUUACGUGAAAGAAAAAUUGAAAGACAAGAAGAAAAAAAUUUGAAAAGAAAGUGUAAAAACAGAGUACAAUGAAUAUAAGGACAGAUAGCUAGUUGUAAGCCCAGUUUUAGUGUAGUUGUAAGCCCAGUUUUUUUAGUUUAGAGGUUUAAAAAUUUUUUUAUUUUUCAUUUUUUUAUUUUCACCUACCAAACUUUUCAUAAGACGCCAUUCAUGAGGCAGAAACAUUUUGAAAAAAAGGGGAGAAUAUUAAGGCCUUAUUAUUUCGUUGUUAUGUCAAAAAUGCAGCUAAAAAGGAACGUCAAUUUCGUUUUUUCGUCUUGAUUUUUUUUUUUUGCCAGAACUCUUUUUGGUUUACCAGAUAAAAUCAACAAAUAUUUGAAACCUUAAAAAAUUCCUAGUUUCCGAGGAGGCAAGUAAAUCCACUUUUUUGCCUUUUUUUUCUCUUAAUGCUGUGAACUUUGAAACUACCACAUUCAAGGCUUUCAAGAUUCGGUCUAAUCGACUCUCAAAAUAAUCUGCAAAAGAAUUCAUACCCAAACAAUACUUUCUAGCCUUUCAAAACAAACUUUCCUUUUAGUUGGGCACCUCACCGGCGCACAUCGCCAUCGAAUGUGGGAGCUCGAAAAUGCUCGACGCAUAUUUGGAGCGUGGAGCUCCGAUCAACGCCUGGUGCAGGUCCAGGAGAGCGACGCCGCUCAUUUUGGCCAUCCGGAACCGCGGUUUCAAGUUCAUCGACUAUUUGAUUUGCCACGGGGUUGAUCAGUCAAUCCCUGACGAGGUUUGGUUUAUUAUUCAGCUCUUGAAACUGGAUUAUUAUUUUUAGGAAGGCAACACUCCGCUUCAGCUUGCCAACAAAGUGCUCGGUGAAUUGGUUGACCAGAGGCAUCAGUUCUCACAAGUUUGUUGAAAAAUUAUCGAUAAUUAUCUUAUUCACAUUUUAAGAUGUGGCGGUUCAAUCCUCUGCUAUCUCGCAACUUCGACGCGCACACAACUGGCAGACCGGCAUCCGAAUGA